CCUUACGCACGCGCGAUCCGAAGUUACAGAACCACAAGAAGGGGGCGGAGCCUCACACGAAAACAAUCCGUUACAACCGUUACUGGUUGCGCCUGCGCAGUGGCUCUUCGAGCAGGCAAAAUGGCGGCGCCCGUAGAUCUUGAGCUGAAAAAGGCAUUUACUGAACUUCAAGCUAAGGUCAUUGAUACUCAGCAAAAGGUGAAACUUGCAGAUCUACAGAUAGAUCAACUGAACAGGACGAAAAAGCAUGCACAUCUUACAGACACGGAGAUCAUGACCUUGGCUGACGAGACACGCAUGUAUGAAGGUGUAGGAAGAAUGUUCAUUCUUCAGUCCAAAAAAGUAAUUCACAGCCAGCUUUUAGAAAAGCAAAAAAUUGCAGAAGAGAAAAUUAAAGAAUUGGAGCAGAGAAAAUCGUAUCUGGAGCGGAGCGUCAAAGAGGCUGAAGACAACAUCCGGGAGAUGCUGAUGGCCCGAAGAGCUCACUAGGGAGGCUCCAGACUGCCUUCUUGCCUUUGGGCUGAGCAGAGAAAAGCAGAGGAGCCGGGAAGCCAGAUCUUUCAGUGCAAAGGACCUGAUAGACUUCGGUGAUGCAGUGGACCAGUGCCCGUCCACCUUGUCAUUUGAUGUACCAGUAAAUUCUACCUAACGGG